CGCGGCUAAUUCAAGAUGGCGGAGAUGGACCAGCUGUUAGAUGAGAGCUCCUCAGCAGAGGCUCUUGUCAGUCUGAAAGAGGGCAGUUUGUCUAACACGCUGAAUGAGAAGAACAGCUCCAGAGCUCACAACACAAGAGGACGGCAUUCGUCCCUGACAAUGGACACGCCCACACGGAGCUCAAAGAGGAGCCGUUUGUUUCGAGAGGAAGAAGAGCAGCCACAGCAGAGGCUCCCCUCCAGGUCCCCCAGGAGGAGCCAGAGGGUUACUACCACACCACAGAAAUUUGCUGUGACGACACCAGAUAAGAAAGCCUCUCAGAAAAUUGGGCUGAGGUUAAGAAACCUUCUCAAGCUACCCAAAGCUCACAAAUGGUGCAUUUAUGAAUGGUUCUACUCCAAUAUAGACAGACCUCUCUUUGAGGGUGACAAUGACUUCUGCCUGUGUCUGAAGGAGUCUUUCCCUAACCUGAAAACCAGAAAGCUAACACGGGUGGAGUGGGGAACGAUCAGGAGACUUAUGGGCAAACCACGGCGGUGUUCAUCAGCAUUCUUUGCUGAAGAGCGGACAGCGCUGAGACAGAAGAGGCAGAAGAUGCGCCUGCUGCAGCAGAGGAAACUGUCAGAUGUGUCCAACUGCAAAGACCUUCCUGAUGAAAUCCCCCUGCCACUCAUCAUAGGAACCAAAGUCACCGCUCGACUCCGGGGUGUCCACGAUGGCCUGUUCACAGGGCAGAUUGAUGCAGUUGACACCAGUGCUGCCACCUACCGCGUCACCUUCGACCGCAAUGGCCUGGGCACACACACCGUGCCUGACUAUGAAGUCCUGAGCAAUGAGCCCAAUGAGACCAUGCCCAUUUCGGCCUUUGCCCAGAAGCACCGGGCCGCACGCUACCUUCAGAACCUCAUGACUCCGCCCAGAGGGGCUUACCCGUCCGCUACCACUCCUGUCCUCAUGGACAAUGAUCCUCUCAUCAGCCAGUUUCCAUGGAAGAACAAACUACCUGGGGCUGAAGGAGACACACUGGGGGGGUUUCCUGUCAAGUUCCUGGUCCAAGUGACGCGGCUUUCCAAGAUCCUCAUGAUCAAGAAAGAGCACAUCAAGCACUUGAAAGAUAUGAACACAGAGGCCGAGAAACUGAAGUCAUACUCGAUGCCCAUUGGUCUGGACUUCCAGAAGCGCUAUGCCACCACAGUCCUGGAGCUUGAGCAGCUCAAUAAAGACCUCAAUAAGGUGCUACAUGAAGUCCAACAGUUCUGCUGUGAGCUUGCUCCAGAUCAAGGUAUGACUUCAGCUGACCGUCCAACAGAGCUGCGGCGGCGUUGUGAAGAGGAAGCCCAAGAGAUGGUGCAGCAGAUCAUCUCUCAGAGGGAUGCACAGCAGUGUGUGACCAACACCAGCCUCACAAACCUCAUUUCACGCCUCACUGCCCUGCUGUUACAGAUCAAGUGUCUGGCAGAUGGAGGUGACCUGAAUUCAUUUGAGUUCAAAUCUCUAACUGAUUCCCUUAACGACAUCAAGUCUUCAAUAGACCCCUCCAACCUAAGUUGCUUCCAGAACAAUGUAGAGAUUCACGUGGCCCACAUCCAGAGUGGCCUAAGUCAGCUGGGCAAUCUGCAUGCGUUUGCUGCCAACAACACUAAUGCGGUGUGAAUGCCUGCAGCAUCCUCACCAUGCACAGGCGCAGGCACACAGGUGUGGUCCAUGAAAAUGUCUUGAGACGGUGCUUUCACCUUAACGAUCAUACGGCUGCCGAGAAGAGAACCCGUAUAACAGUUAUGGACAGCUGCUGCGCAAACAGAUCUGGGACGUCUCGAUAAAAUGACCUGGAAUUCUGUCUGGAUUCUGGAAGCUUUAUGGUGAAGAAAGCCAAGAAGGGCGUGAUUAGUGUUUUAUCCACCUGUUGUAUCAUAUGAAAAUGUUUUGGGCACCCAGUUGAACACAAACCCAAAAGAGUCUCAAGGUAUUGAUAUAAAUUCCCCUCACCAAACUCUUAAUGGUUAUGCUUUGGUUUCAUGUGCCAAACAUUACUUCUUGCAGUUUUUAUAGUCCAUAUUUAUUUAUUUUUUUGAAUAGGUGUGUGUGGUUAUAAGACAAUAUUUUGCUAUCUCUAAAGGUUCCUUCUGUAAGUGUUGUGUUCCUUUACUCCACUGAUAGUAAGCACAGGGGAGGCUAAAGAAUGUUUUGUAAAAUUGUUUAUUGUAGAUAUUUGUACAAUACCUCUGAUUAUUAGGACUAUCGUGAACAUUUCUGCUACCUAUUCAGAAAUGGCUUUUGUAAUUUUGUGUGCACUGAAAAGAGAUUUUGGUAUUUUUAUAAAGGAGAUCUCUGGGGUUUUGAUGCCUUUUGACUCUCUAAGAUGACUUUAGCUUUUCAAAAAAAAUUGGCAUGGCUGUCGCUGCAACCUCACAUUAAUCCUACAUCACCGAUGUAAUCUUCAAGUCAAGACAAAAGUUUUUCCUAGAGAAUCUCCACUUUCAGUUUUGUAAAAGUUGUAUAUGAGAGUGCCUCAGGGCAAGUGUAUAUAAAUGUUGCCGUCUUUUUAUAUUAAACAUAUGGCAAAGCAAAA